AGGCAGAGUCAUGAGAGGGCAUCAGAGAAGGGAAGGAAGGAAAGAGAGACAGAGGUCAGUGUUUCCUGCGGCACCCCUGACCAUCGUUCAAGGCACCCCAGGGUGCCACGCCACACUGGUUGAAAAACACUGAUUUAGUCCAUCCUUCUGCAAUGCAGGAAUCUUUUGCCCAAAGUGGGGCUUGAUCUCACAACCCUAGAAUCCCAAGCUUUGUUCCAGGCCUCCUUCCCAGGCAUGUCGCUGCUUGUGUUGGACGAAACAACAGGCGAUCUGCCAGUCCGAGACACCAGCCAGAAGCCCUCCGUGAUAGCGGCUAUACAAGAUGUGUCAUCUUCUGCUGUCCUCCCUGCCAAAUCCCAAGGGUUGAAAACAUGGAUGAAAGCAUCAGGUUCACUGGCAAGGACUCGACGCCAGAUAAACAGAGUGAACCGCACAGAGUUAGAGGACGGGUUCUUGCGACUUCAUGAUGAAAAUCUGCUGCUCAAAGAGUUUGCCCGGAAGCAAGAGGACAGGAUCAAAAGGAUGGGCACCAAACUAUCAAGGCUCAGCCACGAGCGAAUGCAAGUUGACGGGAGACCCGGGAGCUGGAUCCGAAGCUCUGGAAGAAACCUGGACCUGGAGGAGGACCUGGAAGGGACUCGGGAGAGGGUUCGGGAACUGGAGAGACGAAACGAGGGUCUACAGAACCGCCUGCUCUUCUAUAAGCAGCAGCUCCAGCUGCAGAGUUUGAGUCGACACGGCCCUUAUGGCUAUGUCUCUCCCAGGGUAGACACAGGACUUCGGCGGGCACACACAGCCGCUGGACGAGUGCCUGAGAAACUACGCAAAGGAAUGCGGGUUCAAGGGCCAGCGGCCAGACCAACCCACACAGCUCCUGCCCGCUAUGGUGAUCACACUCUGGAGGGAUCUCGAGUUGAGACGGAGAGACUUACCCAGAGCCUGGUCCUUGCAGCAUUGGAGCUGGAUCCUGAGUCGAUGAGUUCCACACGCGGCAGAGAUACGGACCCAGAAAGCGGGCGCUCCCUCCAGCGCCACCUAGAGGUCCGGGAACGCCGAGCCGCCAUCCAGGAAAACGUGGAGCUGAUUCGUCUGCAGAAGCUUCUGAGAGCCAAGAAUUCAGAACUGGUGGUAACCAAAGCCCAGUUUGCUGGCUUACAGGAAGCUUAUGAGACUCAGCUCCAGCAGAACCAAGAGGCACUGAGGUCAGCCAGCGAGGCCUUGCUAGCUCAGGUCGAAAAGCUGAAUGCCCACCUCAGGGAGGAGAGUCAGAAGGUGACAGCCCUGGAGAGCCAAGUAGAAGUCCUUUCUCCACUGCAGGGAAUGCUGGAAGAUUUUCAGGAGAGAGUCCGGGACCUGGAGAAGGAGCGAGAUUUGCUGAAGGAAGAUUACGACAAACUGCUGGAGAGCUGCCUCAGCAAUACCCAGCACCCCCUAGACGUGGUUCCCCAGAAGGACAACGCCCCUUGCUUGGAAGAACAACUCAGCUCAGCAAUUGAGGAGAAGCAGAAGCUGCAGGAGCAGCUGGAGAAGGAAAGAGCUCUGAACGAGGAACUGAAGCAGGAAGUGAGCCAGCUGCUGGAGGAACGCCCACAGGAAGUCGGCUUCUCGCGGGAGAAGGCGGCCAUCUUGGAAAACCAGACUAGAGAGGAAGACACUCCAUCCAGUCUAGUAGUUGAGCCCCUCUAUGUGGAAGGUCUCGAGAGAGAUCCUGGGAAGGAAGAGAUGUUUGCCCAACGGAGUCUAAAGCGAAGACUCCACGAGACGGAGGCCGCCCAUGCUGAGACCGUGCUGGAGCUAGAGAAGACCCGGGACAUGCUCAUCUUACAACACCGCAUCAACCGGGACUACCAGGCAGAGCUGGACGGGGUACUGCUGCAGACGGCAAGAGAGAAGCAGGAGCAUGAGGAGAAGGAGCAGCAAAUGGCCCGCCUUCUGGACCUGCGUGGGGCCCGCAUCCGCCAACUUGAAGGUAGGCAUGUGGAUGGGCAUCUCCCUACCCACGCCAUAGAUCGGAAGCACUCUUUAGAUCUGCACAAGGGGGAAAGUGUGCAGACGAGGGUGAACAAGAUGAUCAAGGCGCAGUUGAAAGAUGUGGCCUACGGAACGAGGGCAGCCCCCUUUCCUCCCAGAGAGGGUGACCCAUCCGCAGAAGCAGUCCCUGACCAGGCCCCACAGCUGCGGCGUGGGGAGAACCUCUUCGAGCUGCACAUCUCAGGUGCAGUGCUGUCAGCCGAGGCACUGCGUCUGCUGGGGGACCCGGAGCCCCUCACCUUUUGCACGUACUCCUUCUAUGACUUUGAGACCCACUGCACGCCAGUGGUGCGUGGCUCCCGCGCCCGCUACGACUUCACCUCUCAGUACGUGGUGCAGGCUGAGCCGUUUUUCCUGCAGUACCUGCAAGGCGCCACGUCCCGCCUCGACCUCCACCUUGCCUCGGCAGUCGAACACACCACCCUGGCCUCCUGCUGGCUGCGCUUUGGCGAGGUGCUGGGCAGCGGGGAGAAAGUGCACGCCACGGCGGUGCUCCGCGGUUCCAAUGGCGAGGAUUUCGGCAUCCUGGAAUAUUGGGCGAGGCUUCGCUUCCCGAUCGAGCAGAUCCUGAGGCUCCACCGGCAGCGAACCAAAGCCUUGGGCUACCUGUCUGCGGGAGUCCAGCACACAAUGGUGGAAGAGGAGAAGCAGGCCCUGGGAGCAGGCUGGAAUGAGGUCUGUGUGCGGAUCGAAGGCUGCUCCAGCCUGCGCAGUCGCUGGUUGGGCUCUCAGCCUAGCCCCUACGCCAUGUACCGGUUCUUCACCUUCCCGGACCACGACACCAUCACCAUCCCUUCGAGCAACAACCCCCACUUUGGGGAUGCCCAGAGCUUUGCUCUGCGUAUCACGCCUGAGCUGCACCACUACUUGCUCUGGGACAGCCUGCAGGUUUAUGUGUUCGACGACGAAGACGAGGAAGCGGGUAGCUACCUGGGAAAGGCCCAGAUCCCGCUGCUGCCCCUGGCACAAGGGUGCAGCGUCGCAGGAGAUUUUGUUCUUAUGGAUCCAGCAGGAAAACCCAAUGGCUCCAUCCGCCUACGUCUGGAGUGGAAACUCCUUUACAUGCCCCCAGAGGACUUCCGCCAUCAGGCGUCCGCUGACUGGGAGCAACAGCGGCAGUCUUUAGAGCAGCAGAUCGAGGAAGAGAAAGCCGAGCUGCGAAGCCGGGUAUGUAAAGUCAGUGUCAAGGAUCAGAGUUGGCUGCCACGCUUUGCAGUCCCCUUGGCUGUCACAGAGCAAGUCUUGCGAGAAAGUGGUAGUGACCGUCUGCCUUCCAGUCUCCAAAGGAAAAAGCCACGACUUUGUAUGUCCGAGGCGGAGAAACGCAUUCGGAAACAUGCCAGGCCAGAAAACGGAGCCAUCCAGCAGGUGGCUCUGGAAGGAGGAAGAGAGGAAGAGGAGCACAAGGCGGCAGCAGUGGAAGAAGAGAUGAUGACCGCAAGUCACCAGGAAUUGGAAGCGAAAUCAAGGCCAUUGGCUGAAGCAGCCGUGCUGAGUGACAAUGCCUCAGAGAGACCAGAUACUUCCAGUGAAGCCCAGACCACAGAGAGCGACGAAGUGGUGGUGCAAUCAUCCGGGCUCCAGGAGUCUCUGGGACCGCCUUCGGACAGGAUCCGCGUGGAGGUUAUCUCCCUGAGCCUGCACCCGGACAGCCCACCCAUUGCUGAUGAAAACAUCCAGCAGCUGUACGUGGAGUAUCGCUUCCCUGGCCUGCUGCUGGAGGAAACGGAGACCCCCUUCUCUUUGCGGAAGCCCCAAGGAAACCAGGAAAUCUACUUCCACUUCAGCAAAGUGAUCAAAGUGGACCCAGACCCAGAGAGCCUUCAGAGGCAGCUGCUCUUUUCUAUGCUGGAUGCGGAGGAGCCCCAGCAUAACUGGCUGCAAUUUGCAGUGGUGAGCGAACCGCUGCCAGGGACCGGAGGAGAAUGCGAAGACGUCGGCUUUGCCUCCCUGGACAUGCGGGAGAUCCUUCUGACAGGUAGCGAUAUGCUGGAGCGAGAACUUGACGUUAUCAGUCCUUUUGAUCCUGAUGCCAACAUUGGGAAGCUGAAAGUGUCCAUGGAAGCAGCUUCUGCCCUGAGAGCCAUUUACUGGGCAGGCAAAAGGAAGAGCAGUGAGGAAUGAUAAGCUGAACGGGUGAAGACAACAGAAACUUAACAGGAUU